AUGGGCCUUUGGAUGAUGUUUCGUCGACGAUGGCGUGUGAUGUUAUGGAUAGUGUUUUUUGUGGUUAUCUUUCUGAACGCGUUAUUUGUUAUUGACAUCACCAUCGUUAAUAAGUUCAGUGGUUCAAAGCCUUCCAACACGAUAGCCAGAGAAGCUUCGCAUCUUCAGGUGGUCAGAAAACGCCUGAACAAAAGUAGUUCCAACUCCAGCAGCCUCAACUACAUAGAUUGGGACCCCACAGAUGGCGCCUUUGAUCCAGCGAAGGCCAAUUUAAACUCUCGCAAACGUUUAAUCAACAAAGAAAUUAAAGACAGAACAAUGCAGGCGAUGCAGGAGGAAAAUUUUAAAGACGAAGAUGUUGAAGAUGACAACAUAAACAUUCAGAACCUCGAUCAGGUCUAUGGUGCCAGGGCUAACUAUAGCAUCCCAGAAGUUGAAGAAUUCGUGAACAAGUUUCAGGCCAAAUACCAGUCAUCGAAAUACUCUGUGGUCAGCGAGGAAAAGUAUAUAGUAUUUUUGAAACGAAUAAAUGCCCUAAGGAAGAAAGGAUCGCGGCUACCGGCAUAUAAACACAACAAAGGAAGCCUGGCCUGGGAAAGGUUCCACUACGGCAUCCAUCAGUAUUACCUCUACGACCCUGAUGACGUCAACAUUGACGGCGUGUUGAAAGAUCUCGCUGGAAAUGAAAUCACCAGUGUUGAACAAAAGGAAGGGGGAACACAAAUCAAACUGAUCAUGACCUUUGAGAAUGAAGCCGAGGCAUUGUUUAAACCAAUGAGAUUUUCCAGAGAGCAGGAAACAUUACCAGACCAUUUUUACUUCGCUGAUUUUGAAAGACACAAUGCUGAGAUUGCUGCAUUCCAUCUGGACAAGGUCCUUGGAUUUCACAGAGUACCUCCGACCGUGGGCAGAUUGAUGAACAUCAGCAGCGACAUCCAGCGAGUAGCAGAUAAAAAACUGGCCAAAACAUUUUUUAUCUCUCCUGUUGGCAACCUGUGCUUCCAUGGUGUAUGCUCCUAUUACUGUGACUCCUCACACCCAAUCUGUGGACAUCCUAUGAUGGUAGAGGGGUCUCUUGCAGCCUUCUUACCACCCAAUGACAUGGCGGGAAGGAAGACAUGGAGAAGCCCCUGGAAAAGAUCUUACAGCAAACAUAAAAAAGCAUAUUGGGAAGUGUACGAUGACUUAUGCGCGAAGGUUAAGGACAAACACCCAUACAAUGAAGGACGCAGGCUGCUUGAUGUCCUGGACAUGUCAGUAUUUGACUUCCUAACAGGAAACCUAGACAGGCAUCACUACGAAACAUUCCGAGACUUUGGGAAUGACACGUUUAUUAUUCACUUAGACAAUGGCAGAGCCUUCGGCAAGUCCAAGUAUGAUUGCAUAUCCUGCCUGGCACCAGUUCGGCAGUGCUGUAUGAUUCGCUUGUCAACCCUGACAAAGUUGGUGAAGUUUUACAUUGGUCCAGACAGCCUCAGCCAAGUAAUGAGAGAAUCAUUGAAAUCAGAUCCUUUAAAUCCCAUUUUGGUAGAACCACAUCUUGACGCACUAGAUAGGCGAGUCAGUAAAAUUUUGCAUGUUGUAAAUGGAUGCCUAAAGAAUGGGUCAUCUUGGAAUGAUGUUAUUAUUGAUGAUGGUGUUACAUGA